UUGGCGUCGACUCACUCGCGUCUGAGCAGCUGGACUCUGCUUCACACAACAUUCAACACUUCUGUCUCGGUCAUUUAUACACAUCGAACUCGCGCGUUCGACUUCGCACCCCAACAUAGAUCGGACAUUGAUAUUUUCGCCACAGACACGUCACAGCCCAAACCACAAUGGCAUCCAAGCCUUCGACCUGCUGCGGCAAGAGCGCCGAGUGCAUUUGCGCCCAGCAAGCGACCUGCUCCUGCGGCAAGCAGCCGGCGCUGCACUGCGACUGCGAGAAAGCCGGCACCGAGAACGCGGUCGAGGGCGCCCGCUGCUCCUGCCGCGCCCGCCCGGCCGGCCAGUGCACCUGCGACCGGGCCGAGGUCGAGAACCAGAAGCCGUGCGGCGAGACCUGCGCGUGCGGGUGCCGCGCUGCCGGCUCCUGCACGUGCUCGAAGGCGGCGGAUGGUGGAUACAACCCCGUUGAGCACGAGAUCGAUUUCACCACCAAGAAAUGAGUUUCUGCUGUAGGGCGUUGGCUGAAUGGGCGUUGGCGUUGGGGAGUUGGUGGGCUUUGCUGGGGAGCUCGGGAUACAAUAUGGGGGGAGGCUAAGAGGAGCCUUGCCCUUGGUUGGCAUUCACGAUGCAUUUCUGCGGAGUACGUCGACUAGGCGAAGGAAUGCAUGAUUUUCACUCGAGGCACUUGAGCGAAGGCUGUGUGUAUCGGUGAUGAUGGGCUACGCUGACCGCGUGUACGUGGGGGCGAAACUGGUGACUGACACG